AUGGCUGAACAGAAACAGGAUAUUUCGUCUUGCAAACAGCGGGACAACGCAUUGAUCAGCACGCUCCAAACUGCAUUCAGCGAAGAAGCUCCUCGUCGCUCAGCAAGGACUUUAUUUUCCGAGGACGAUGAUGCUCUUAGAGAUGCCCUGAAUGUCCUUCGCAAUCCCACUCCGUUGAAGAAACCAGACGCGCUGCCUCGUUCUACCCAUGACUGCGAAAAUGUUGUAAACAAUCAUACGCCGGGGAGCUCUGAACAUACGGCGUCGGUUGAGCAUAUUCAGAAGCGACCGGGUGAUGCCAUCGAGCAAGUCGACCAGGAGAUCACCACCGAAAACGACCCAGAUGUUGUGGUUGAGCAGGCAAUGGAGACGGACGCCGCGCCUGCCCAGAGCGCUUCCUCCACCGCCGCGAACACGCCCUCCGCCGCCUUCGUCGCCAACGCCGCCGCCGCCACUUCGACGACGGACUCUGCAGCGUCCGGAGCGGGAGCCACCGCCGCAUCGGGUUCGAGUGCACCUGACGACGUUGAGCGUGCCGAUGAGCAGGCAAUGGAGACGGACGUCGCGCCUGCCCAGAGCGCUUCCUCCACCGCCGCGAACACGCCCUCCGCCGCCUUCGUCGCCAACGCCGCCGCCGCCACUUCGACGACGGACUCUGCAGCGUCCGGAGCGGGAGCCACCGCCGCAUCGGGUUCGAGUGCACCUGACGACGUUGAGCGUGCCGAUGAGCAUGCAAUGGAGACGGACGCCGCGCCUGCCCAGAGCGCUCCCUCCACCGCCGCCAACGCCGCCGCCGCCACUUCGACGACGGACUCUGCAGCGUCCGGAGCGGGAGCCACCGCCGCAUCGGGUUCGAGUGCACCUGACGACGUUGAGCGUGCCGAUGAGCAUGCAAUGGAGACGGACGCCGCGCCUGCCCAGAGCGCCCCCUCCACCGCCGCGAACACGCCCUCCGCCGCCUUCGUCGCCAACGCCGCCGCCGCCACUUCGACGACGGACACUGCAGCGUCCGGAGCGGGAGCCAUCGCCGCCUCAGCUCCGCGCCCCCGCCUUGACGCUAUGCAGGCCCAAGGGUGCCAGCACCAUCCCACUAUCACCAUGGGUCAUGCUGCCGCUGCCGCCGCUACCAAUAGCGAUACAAGGACAGCUAUUGCAGCACCUGGUGUUGGGCCCAUCGCAGCGUCCUCUCUGCACGUACCUCUUGGUGCUGAGCAUGUCGGUGAUGGGACAGGCAGCGCAGACGUUGCCCAUAUGUCCAACGAAGCCCAGGGAUAUUCGCCCUCGUCGUUCCCCUUCUUCGGCGCCAGCAAUAGCGAAGGGGUUACCACUGGAAGACAUACCGAAGCGCCGGGCGCUACCGGUCUCCUUCUCGGCGCCACCAACACCCAUCCAACUCCGGUUCACUCUGUUGACCGUCUUGUUGAAGGUCGCGCGCAGCACGUCCGCCCACAUCUCCCACAGGCUGUCAAAACGCCCCUUCCAUUCGUGCGCAUCGAUGACCGUGCCGUUACUGGCAGAGGUUUAGGCGGCGUUGGCGGUGCUCCCGACGAAGUGAGCUCUCAAUGCCCACAAGCACCUGGUCAGGUCGAUCCUUCGCUUGCGCCACUCGCAGACUACAGACAAGAUAUAUUCUUCGGUACAUUUAAUGCGCAAGGAGAGCAAUAUAACGACACGAACAACCUCUGGCCCAACAACGCACUGGACGAAACAGACUUUACGUCGAACACCAGUUUUGGUGCGCAUCUAGUGACCAUUGCACCAGUCAUGCUCGCCUCUGACAGCUUCCCAGAUUUCCAGAGUCAUGAGUACCACUCGUUGUCGUCUAACCAUGACCACCCCGAUUACAACCCGCCGCAUGGUUCCUCUGUUCCGGCGCUUCAGCAAGCAUCGUACACCUCGUCCACUCAUGUCACGAAUGAUGUCCCCUACAAUGCUUUGAACACGGCUGCACCUCAGCCCGGCAUGCUCAGCGCCAACGCCGCUGCGUCCCAGCCCGGCAUGCUCAGCGCCAACGCCGCUGCGUCCCAGCGCGGCAUGCUCAGCGCCAACGCCGCUGCGCCCCAGCGCGAUAUGCUCGGCGACAGCGUGGCCGCGAGCGUGGCCUUGGGUGGACUCUUCCCUGGUUCCAACGUAGGCGGCAGCCUCUCUGGACGUCGUUCGUAUGAGCCUGACGCAAACGCCCGCAUCAUGGUGUAUAUCCACUCCCAAGGAGCGAUUCUGCCUAAGACGGCGAAGAACACCCCCCUCUGCUUUGCCCUCCCCUUCGUGACCAAUCCGGAUGGCGAACGACUAAUCGUCAGCGACACGCUGAUUGCCAAGAUCAACUGGAGCUCGAUCAUGCACGCGCUCGAACGACCACCAAUCAUCAGAGACAAUGGCGCGAUCGAAAACCAGCACGCCUCUCCAGUCGCUCAGCCACCACUGCAGUCCAAUGGAACUCUGUCGGAACUGGCCUUUGGGCUUCUGACCGUCCACAACGACUCAUCGCGCACUGUCAUGGAGUUGAUUCUCUUUCCGGGAGCGAAGCACUUCAUGGCGUCGGGGACGUACACCUUCCUUCCCAUUCCGCGCGAUCUGGAUUGCAUUCACAUGGAUCUGAUCACCGGAACCCUGGCCCAGGAGUAUAAGUUGAGUUUCUGCGAGAUGCACUUCACCCUAGUCGACCGAAACCACAACAAACUGACUGGUUGGAGCAUGCGCGUUAACGGGCACAUCAACGGGUAUUCAGGGAACGCCUCAAAACCCCCGAUGUGGUAUUGCAGUGAAGACCAGCCUUUGGCCGUCAUGACGCGUAUCGCCGACUUCGUUCGCGAGGCUGGGUACCACGUCGAACGCUUCGAGAUCCGCGACCAAUGGCUCAGUGACGUCGCGGGGACCAUCCAUCGCGGCAGAGUCACCGACAUCGACCACUCCUUCUUUGACGUCGUGCCCGUCAGCGUCGCAACCGCGGACACUACUUCUGGCUUCAGCUACGCCUUCCUUCUCACGGGCUUGGAAGCGCCAACGUCCGACCUGGAGUCCACCGAGGAAUGGGUGCACUGGAUGUCGCGAUUCCUCCAUUGCGGUAUAUCCGUUGCCCGCACGGGCGCGAAGCAAGAUGCCCAAGUCGCAGUACUGCGACGUGAGGGGCUGCAUGCCGGCUUCAAGCGCGUGGCGAUCCCCGAGCUCGAAGCCGAGCUUGACGACCUGGCGCGCACACCUGGUGGGCUGGAACGGCUACGCCACGAGUACACCUGGGACCACGGGACCCUACCGCUCCGGCCCAAAUUGUUGGUCCUUCCGUCGAAGACGAAGCUAGCGAAAGCUCCGAAGUGCCCAGAGCUCAUCCAGGAGGCAUUCCUCUGCUUCUUGAACACCCUUUUUGCGCAGGACGCUAUCAUCAAGCUCGUCAGGACGAUCCCAGAUAGCCCACACGCUGCCGGCUCCUCCUGCUUCCAGGCCUUGUCCUGCAAGAGCAUGGCUAUCCUCUCCUCUCUUCUUACAAAGAUCGCAACGGCCUGGGAGACCUGGAAGGAUUUCCGGGAUGCGUCACCGCUCGAGCAUCUGGUCGGGGCAUCGAGGCUCUACGCUCUCCUUCGCAAUGACAAUUUUAUCGAGAAUUGUCGCAAGUUCAAAGAGCUCAGAUAUGAGAAAAUCAAGAACCCGCAACGGCCUCCUGUUCUUUUUGCUUUUGGAGAGUUCACCACCGCGACGCUUGAUGAUCGUGGCGAUGUCAAGUCAGCGCUCCUCAAAUGUCCCGUACUGGGGUCACAGGAGACGGCCAGCAACACGUUGCAGACCUCAUCUGUAGAGCGUGUCCUGUAG